AUGAAUAACAACCCGCCGCUGCCGUCUCCCACGCACCCGCCGCCAGCAUCACGAGCCACCACCACCCUCCCCCAAACAACUCCAACCCUCCCCCCACCUGCAUCCUCCACCACCACCGCAGCCACCGCUCCUGUCGCCCGCCCCGUGCUGCACCAUCUGCCUGCGAGCACUUUUCCCUCGGUCCCCUCGCCCCUGGCCUCGUCGACAAGUGCACCCUCUCCACCCUCGCGCCAGGAUGACGUUCAGACGAAAAAGGAGCCGCUGAGCCAACACACAAGAGACAGAGGCCAGCCGAGCCCGGAACGCUUCGAGGAAGAGAGUGCAUCACCAACCACUCCACAAGUCACACCAAACGCGUCGCCAGAUGAGUUGGAGGUUGAGCGCUUGCGGAACCUGCAAUUGAAGAUGCUGCAGGAGAAACAGCGUGCCCGUGUCAAGAAUUCCACCAACAGCACCAUGCCCCGGGUGCCACGCGUGUCCCCCAUCAAGGAGGAGGAAGCCUCGUCCACUUCGGGCUUGUCCCCGACGUUGGAAGAGGCCUUUUCAAGCCCCUUGCACACGACCAAGACCGCUUCCACGGAAUCCACAGAGUCGUCCUCAAGAACCAUAAGAGGCGCAUCCGUUCCCGCCACCCCUGCUGGCCAUAGCCUCCGCACGCCCUCCUACCCCUUCCCCACCGUCCCAAAUACCCCCAAUGCUCAGAAAGCUCGGCCGUCAGCCUUCCACCAGCCAUUUACCGCCCUGUCCCCCACGGCCGCCGUCGUGACACAGAGCGACAUGGCCACCCCCAGGGAGCUCAUUGCCUCCGAGGGCAGUACUCCUGCUGCUGGCUCGUUUCCCUUUGCACCCGCUGGCAUUCGUCAAGAUCCCGUUGCCCAGGAUCCUCGAUAUCCGAGCCCCAAUCUCUAUGAUCUGGUUCUGCAACUCAAUUCGGAGCCCGGCCUCUUGGCGUGGUGGAACUCGGUCGUCCGCAUCCUCCAAGAAUGGUUUGGCGCGCAAAGGGCGACCUUGGCCGUACCUGCGGAUGCCUCCGAUAUUGAGAAUGUGCCGUGGGGCCAGAAAGCCACCUUUGAUGCAACGACGCGCGACCCCCCGCGGAUACCAGAACAGCAGGACACCACUGCUGGCCAUGAGCGGGACCGUCCGUCGAGCUCAAAACCGUCUGCCGGCGCGUCAUCGCCUCCAUCGCCCGUGCGAGAAGCUCGCCCUGCUUUGCCGACACGUCAUUCCUUUGCCGGUCACGAGCGCCUCAGAUUUGACCAUGGUCCUGCACAGCGUCCAAGAGGCCCUCGCCGAACUGCCAGCCAUGUGCCUCAUCUGACGCAGCGCCAACACCCUCUUCGCCAGGUUUCCCCAGUCCCGGUCGAGGGAGCGCCUCAGCCUCCAAACCGAACUCCGGCGAGAGAGACCACCUUUAGCGAUCUCGAUUUCUCCAGCAUCGGCGGCGACGCCAAUACUCCACCCACCCCCACGGCCGUCUUCCCCAUCUUGCGCGCCCUCGACCAUGAACCGGAUACCCUGAUAGAUAACCCCGGCAUCAACCGAGUAUUGGAGCGUGGACGACUGGUGACCCUGACUCGGGACUACGCCGCAUCUCUUUGCACGCCCGAGGACGAUCCGGCGGCGUCGGACAGAAAGGAUGAAGAUUCCCAACCUGCCCACCAGCAUUCCGGCAAGGGACACUCGGAUCAGGCUACCACGGGACCGACUCCAAGGAAGGCAGGUUCCAAUAUGAAAUCUAGCCACACCGGCUACGGGGAACUAGGGUCACGUCCGCGUUAUGAAGAGUAUGAACAGUAUCCCACAUCUCCUUGGGCGCAAUCGCCUGCCCCUUCACCCGCCAUUCAAAAUGAGACAGAUGAUAAUCCCUUCUUUGCCGCCGCAGGCAAUGUUGACGAAGAUUCCUUUAAUCCGAGGAAGGAGAGCGAGGACUACACUCGCUUUGAUUUGGUUGAAGCCAUCGGCGUCGAUAAAGCCAGCACCAUCACCCAUAUCCCCUUCAUUCAUCCGACCUUGUCUCAGGUCAUGUCGUCCGCCGAACCCAUCGAUCCCUCCCAUGUACCGUCUACGCCAGGCAAGGCUGCAAUGUCCGCCCCAAGAACGUCGUCUUCCAACGCCGAGUACGAACGGCGAGCGCCCAUUGCUAUCCUUUCCUUCCUUUCUCCCAUCGUACCCUACCCUCGUAAUCUGACCAACGCCCUCAAACUCCUUGGACCCCAUCUUGCGACUACAUUUUCAAACGCUUGGCAAUACACUAACCUACAGACCCAAGCAACUGGCAUUCGAGCUCGACGCUUUGGAGCAGGAGCCCAGGCGGGGGUAACCCCUCAGGCUGAUCAAGACAGCCUCGAUGAUCUCCUCCAACUUGACUUGGAGCACGUCUCCGGCUCGGCAACGGGAAGUGUCACCAGUCCGUCUGACUAUUCUGGGCGAUCCAAGUAUAGUCCAGGCGGAUCCAUCGGCGGCACUCCUGGUUGGGACCCUUCUAAUGUCGGCUUUUCCAGCAAGCAAUCCGUGGGCAACACCCCAGGGCACAUGUCUGGGACUGAGGCUGUAGAAAGUUACUUUGAUGCGAAGAAGCGAUCUUCACGCGCGAGUCAAAGUGUCUCUGCCCCUGCCACUCAAGACAGGCCGCCACGAACCCAAGACAUCGACGCCGCACACCAAACGAAAAUGACUAACGAGGGUGAUGCGCCGACACUACGCAACGAGAACGAUCCAGGUCGCUACACGGGCUCCCUCACCAAGCAGCGAGCCGACCCGUCUCGCCCUCAUUCUUUGUUGCAUUCCUAUGGUGCUGACUUCAGCGCCUCCUUCCAGUCAUUGCCGGUAGCCACUACUCCAGGCUCGAAGCCCGGCGGUCAAGGUCGCUCCAGCACUGAGGAGCCGGAAAUGCCCCCGCCUUCGGAAAGCCUGCUUCGGACCAUCAUCGACUCCCUACCCGUUCAGAUCUUCACCGCCCUCCCCACAACAGGUGCGCUCACUUGGGUGAAUUCCAAGUUCCUGGUCUAUAGGGGUCAGGACUCUCGCCGGGUCCUGCAAGAUCCCUGGGAAUCCAUACACCCAGACGAUAAGGAGGCUUACUUACAGCAGUGGAACCAGUCUUUGCGCACGGGACAGCAGUUGCAGCGUAAAGUCCGGCUGCAGCGCUUCGACGGCCACUAUCGCUGGUUCUAUGUUCGCGUCGCUCCGUUGAAAAACAAGCGCCAGCAGAUAGUGCAUUGGAUUGGGACCAACAUGGAUGUGCAUGAUCAACAUGUCGCGGAGCUCAAUUCCGCCCGCCAGCAGGAGACGGCUGCUUCAGAAGCAAAGUACCGGGCACUUGCCAACUCAAGUCCGCAGAUUGUAUUCGUCGUUUCGAACAGACGCGGACUUAGCUUCUGCAACACGCAAUGGAUCACUUAUUCAGGGCAAGGCGAAGCUCAAGCGCACGGCACCGGAUUCCUCGAAUGUGUCCACCCCGAUGAUGUGCCGAAGUGUAAGCUCCCUGAGCUGAGCGAGGAUGGAACCGUACCCGUCAAUGUUCCGACCUCCCUUCCACCGGACCACGGCCGCAGCAGCUCAGGCUCAUCCGACGGCUCUUCUUCCGAUACCGAAAAGGCAGUGACAAGCCCCAGAAGCCCUCUGCCAGACAAACUGGAAAUGCCGCAAGCUAAAUUGUCCAAACUGGCCAGUACCGGUAUUCUUAGAGUGAGCAAGGAUGCGUCCGGUCGGGCCUCCUACUCUACGGAAGUUAGACUGCGCAGUAAGAAUGGCGAAUAUCGCUGGCAUCUCGUCAGGAUCCUCUUGGAAAAGGCUCUGGCAGACGACACGGAUGAAGAGACUUGGUAUGGCACCGCGACCGAUAUCAACGAUCACAAAUUACUCGAGCAGACCCUGAAGGAGACGAUGGAGGCCAAAACGAGGUUCUUGAGCAAUAUGUCCCAUGAGAUCAGAACCCCCCUGAACGGCAUCUCUGGCAUGGUCAACUUCCUGCUGGAUAGUCCGCUGAACGUCGAGCAGCUCGAACACGUCAACAUCAUCAAGGCUAGCACCGACAGUCUGCUUAACUUGAUCAACGACAUUCUCGAUCUAUCCAAGGUCGAGGCUGGCAUGAUCAAGCUGGACAUGGGCUGGCUUCACAUACCCUCCCUGUUGGAGGAGGUGAACGACUUGAAUAUGGGCUUGGCGAUUCAGAAAGGGCUCGAGCUCAAUUAUGUCGUCGACGAGGGCGUCCCGUCCAUGGUGAAGGGAGACAAGUUCCGUAUCAGGCAAGUGCUGCUGAACGUGGUGGGCAACGCAAUCAAGUUCACGCAGAAGGGCGAAGUCUUCGUCCGAUGUCGACCCGUCCCAGCUGAACGCCAAACGUCCGUGGGAAGUAAUGAAACGUUGGUCCGUUUUGAAGUCAUCGACACGGGCAAGGGCUUCAAUGAGGAAGAGGCUAAGUAUCUCUUCAAACGAUUCAGCCAGAUUGACGCAAGCAGCACAAGGCAACAUGGUGGCACCGGCCUAGGCUUGGCGAUUUCUAUGCAGUUUGUCGAGUUGCACGGCGGAAAGAUGGAUGCCCGGAGCGUGCCGGGCAAAGGAUCCACCUUCUUCUUCACGAUCAAGUUUGGGUUGCCCACCGAAGAGAGCCAUCCGCCGACACCGACCCUCAACCCCGCCACUCCUGCGUUCGAGCCUGUCAGCUUGCCGUCGCCGUCGCCAUCAGCAGCGCCCAUCAGCAAAUCUGCGCAGAAGCCGCCGCACCCCCUCAAUGAAAGGGUGUCUGCGCAAUCCGUUACUGGCGAGUCACCCAUGUCGCCGGUUCCUAGUUUGACACUCUCGGACCGCUCCAAGGACUCUCCAUCGGUCUCGUCAGCUGGAUCGGACCCUUCGCUGGCGGGAAGGUCGAGUUUGCGGUCCGAGACGUCUUCCGCCUCCUCCUUCCUGCAGGAAGUCUCCGCUGCAACGAAGGAUACACUGAAACUCGCCCUCCCCCACAGACUGUCCGAAACUGAGCGAGCGACUUCCGAUGAUUCCUCUGCCUCGAUGAGUUCGGAGAAAACAUUGCGUCCUCCGGAUCCACCACUUGCGGGUCAAUCUUCCGCUGGAAGGCCCGCUCUCCCGCCGCCACCUCCCAUGUAUUCCAUCCUUGUCGUCUGCCCGCUUGUACACAGCCAGGAGGCAACGAUCCGGCACAUCAAGAACACGCUACCGCAGGGUAUCCCGCAUCAGGUGACUGGCCAGUCUAGCGUAACUGAAGCGCAGCGGAUGAUUGGUGGUGAGAACCCAAUUGUUUUCUCCCACGUGGUCCUGGUCCUCCACGAUAUUGUCGAGGUCAUUCCGAUUGUGAGCCAGAUUCUCUCCUCGACUCUGCACGAGAAGACUUCAAUUGUUGUGGUGUCCGACCCUUCCAAAAAGAGGGAACUCCUCAAUGCUGCGCCAAUGUACGAUUACGACCUGCUCAACCUUCAGCGCAGGCUACAAUUCGUCUACCGUCCACUCAAACCCUCGAAAUUCGCGGCCAUAUUUGACCCGCAAAAGGAACGCGAAUUAAGUACAGAUCGUAAUCAUGAUACCGCUCAACAAGUCGUCAAUGACCAAAAGCUGGUCUUUGAUGAGCUCAAGCGCAGGCUGAGUGGGAAAGGGCAUCGAGUCCUACUGGUGGAAGACAACAAGAUCAAUCAGACUGUCAUCCUGAAGUUCUUGGCAAAGAUUCACGUCGAGUCCGAAACCGUCUUGGACGGCGUCCAGUGCACAGAUGCAGUUUUUGCACAUCCGCCGGGCCACUACUCUAUCAUUCUGUGCGAUCUUCAUAUGCCGAACAAGGACGGGUAUCAAGCUUGCAAGGAGAUACGACGAUGGGAGAAGAAGCAUGGAUAUCGUCCCCAUCCCAUUAUUGCAUUGUCGGCCAACGUACUUGGGGACGUGUAUAUGAAAUGCGUCGAGGCUGGGUUCAACUCGUACGUUACCAAACCGGUGGAAUUCAAGGAGCUCUCGAAGGUGUUGGCGAAGUUCCUGGACCCCCCGGAUCCCACAAAAGCCCCUGAACUUAUGACGAAAGCUCGAAAGCCAUGA